AUGUGUGCACAAGAGAGAGUGGCUGAGCUGGGGAGGGCUGCUGCUGCCUUGGAUAUAAUAUCAUCUACCUGCCCCUGUCACUCUGACUCUUACUGACACUGCCAUCGCCUUAGCGUGUCAGUCAGGAGACUUGGUUCCUAUGGUUAUUCAUUAUUAUUAGGAAUAUUAUUAUUAUUAUAGGGUCGAAUUUACCUUCUUUUUAAUCGUUUUUUUUUUUCGUGCUGCCUUCACGCCACAAAGAAAACCCCGUGUGCCUCUGUGUGUGUUUUCCUUGAGACUUUAGCUAAGGCUGGCUGGACUAGCACAUUAGACUUCUUAGGACUCUUUCAGUUGAAAGGGUAACAAGUUGCUUCUUAAACGCUGGCCGCUGCUGCUGCUUUUCUGUCUCCCACUGGACCAGGGAGCCAUACGGGGAGUUGAGCCCGCACCUUCUGCAACGCUGCGCCUUGGAGCGGGGGUGCAGUGUCUAUAUAUCUCUAUAUACAUCGCUAUACGUAUAUAUAUAGAGAGAGAGAGAGACACACACACACAGAGAGAGAGAAAUAUUUGGCUUUCUUUUGCCGAUGAACUUCAUGAAAGAUCCCUUAAGCCUGGAGCGCCUGGGAGCCGGGAAUAAACUGUGCUCCACUUCACCUUCCUCCUCCUCCUCUUCAUCCUCUUGCCAUCAUCACCAGUCGCCGCUGGCCAUGGCUUCAGCUGUAGCGCCGGGGCAGCCUCGCUCUUCCCUGGACUCCUCCAAACACCGGCUGGAGGUGCACACCAUCUCGGACACCUCCAGCCCCGAGGCCGCAGAGAAAGAGAAAGGCCAGCAGAGUAAAAACGAGGAUGCCGGGGUUGAGGAUCCCUCCAAGAAAAAGAGGCAACGACGGCAGAGGACUCAUUUCACCAGCCAGCAGCUGCAAGAGCUGGAGGCCACUUUCCAGAGGAAUCGCUACCCGGACAUGUCCACCCGAGAAGAGAUCGCCGUCUGGACCAACCUCACCGAAGCCAGAGUCAGGGUUUGGUUCAAGAACCGCAGAGCCAAAUGGAGAAAGAGAGAAAGAAACCAGCAGGCUGAGCUUUGCAAAAAUGGCUUUGGUCCACAAUUUAACGGUCUAAUGCAGCCCUACGAUGAUAUGUACCCCGGCUAUUCUUACAACAACUGGGCAGCCAAAGGCCUGACCUCUGCCUCCCUUUCCACCAAAAGCUUUCCUUUCUUCAACUCUAUGAAUGUCAACCCUCUGUCUUCUCAGAGCAUGUUCUCCCCUCCAAAUUCCAUCUCCUCCAUGAGUAUGUCUUCAAGCAUGGUGCCCUCUGCAGUCACUGGGGUCCCUGGUUCCAGCCUCAACAGCCUGAAUAACUUGAACAACUUGAGCAAUCCCUCUCUGAAUUCUGCAGUGCCAACGCCAGCCUGUCCUUAUGCUCCUCCAACACCUCCUUAUGUUUAUAGGGACACAUGUAACUCUAGCUUGGCUAGUCUGAGACUUAAAGCCAAGCAGCACUCCAGCUUUGGAUACGCCAGUGUUCAGAACCCAGCUUCCAACCUGAGCGCAUGCCAAUACGCUGUGGACAGACCCGUGUGAGAUAUUAAAGUAUAAAAUACUGAAUGGGAAUCCCUCCCCCUUCCCACAAAGACUGAGAAUUAUACUAGAAAGUAAUGGGCACUAUAGAGAAAGAGAAGGAAAGAAAGAAAAGGAGAGAGAAAACAGAGAGAAAAUGAAACCACUGAAAUAAGAUAGUCCCUUUGUUUUCAAAGGACCUCCUGCAGAUUCUGACAUCUUUCACUAAGAGUAUUUCCAACAGUUACAAGAACAUAUAUAUAUAUAUUUACACACACACACACACACACACAUAUAUAUAUAUAUGGACAAAUGUUUGACUGGAUAUGAUAUGACAUUUUAAUGUUACUAUAAGCUUGUUAUUUUUUAAGUUUAGCAUCGUUAACAUAAAAAUGACUGAAAGGAUGUAUAUAUAUGGAAAUGUCAAAUUAAUUUUAUAAAAGCAGUUGUUAGUAAUAUCACAACAGUGUUUUUAAAGGUUAGGCUUUAAAAUAAAGCAUGUUACACAGAAGCGAUUAGGAUUUUUCGCUUGCGAGCAAGGGAAUGUAUAUACUAAAUGCGACACUGUAUGUUUCUAACAUAUUAUUAUUAAAACGUGUGAAUAUCAGUUUUAGAAUAGUAUCUCUGGUGGAUGCAAUGAUGUUUCUGAAAUUGCAAUGUAAAACAUGCCCUGUGUAUAACAUUUCGUACAAUAUUAUUGUUUUACUUUUCAGCAAACAUGAAAAAUGUGUUUUAUUUCAUGGGAGUAAAAUAUACAGCAUACA